AUGUCUUCCAAAUCUCGGGAGGACAAGUCCUCCAGCGGCUUCCACCAGGAGUACAUCGCGUCCCUCCGUUAUCGCAAUGACCUUCCUCCGCCUCAUAUGCCCCCGAAGCUACUCGACAUUCCUCAUGAGGGUCUGAGCCGUUUCCUUACCCCCGGCUUUGCCUCCAAUCUUGCGCGGCGAGAGGAGCCUAACAUUGAUGUCGACGCCGAGGGUGGUAUGCCCAUCGACCUGGUGGGUCUCCCCGGCCUGCAUCUGGGAGACGAGAGUGCUAUCAUGGCGCCUGAGCAUCCUCAACCUAUGGACCCCGCAGACCUUCCGCUUUUGAUGACCCUCGACCAGCUCCGUAAUCCUGCUCCGAGAAACACAAACGUCAGCUUCCUUCGUCGCACCCAGCACAUUUCAGUUGAUCGCUCCGCUGGUCCUGGAAGCGCCCCCGCAAAGGGACUGAACCGUGCAGUCAAGAAGGGAAAGAUCUCGGUGGAAGACCCUAAGCACAUCAAAAAGUUUAUUCAGAAAGGUUUUGAUAUUGCCUAUCCCCAGAGCAAGCAUACUGGCGAAGACACGGAGAGUCAGGUCAGGGGCCUCCCAGCUACGAAAGCGGAGACUGACGCAUGGGCGCGUCCCGUCCACCCUGACAACCCGAAGCUGAAGCCUGUCGGUUUCUUCCCUUUGCUGCCGGACCUCUCGGGUUUCCCCGACCCCGGUGGUUUUGUCCAAUUCAAGUUCGAUAAGGCGCCCGUGUCUGCGCUUGCCGGCAAGCGGGACAAGCGUAUGGACGUGGCUCUGCUGCACCCUUCUGCGCCGGAAGAGCGCAUUUGCCAGGAGCACGCCUCAAAGCAAGCUCUCCACAAGGCCAAUCCCGACCUCUAUCCCGACCCGGGCCCUAUCCCCUUCGAUUACGAUCUGCAUCUACCUGAAAAGCAAGAGUCCGUCAAGAAAGUCUACGCCAGCAUGGACUUGAACAACCCAGACCGGGACGACGACGACCUCUACACCAAUGAGGGCCCUGAUGGCGCAAAGUACCACCGCUACGAUCGUGAACGUACCUUUGCUACGAGCGCUCAGAGUCUGAAUACCGAUCAAAAAUUGAAGGACAUUGCCCUGACUCUCCACAAACCGCUUGAGGGGGAGACCAAGCAGCAGGCCGCAUUUUACUACCCGAUCAUCAGCAAGGUGCGCCUGAAGCCGGAGCGUGCUCGUACCAUCGCACAGGCUGGUCUUGCCCCCACCGCUUCACAGGCGCCGGAAGAGAAGAUCGAUCAAUUCCACGUUACGGUUCGCGACCCCGACGAGGCGGAGGUCUACAAGCGCUCGCUGCACCGGGCGAACAUCGAUCCGAAAUUUGCGCAGACCCUCCCACCUCCGCCUGCCGAGGAAGACGCCCUUGAAGAAGAGGAAGCAGGCGAUGAUACACGGAUGAGCGACUAG